AUGGCUACUACGUGUAUCGCAGAGCUUGCUACUCAAGUUGCUGAAAACACGAAGACAAUCGACGAGUAUCUUCGCCAAUAUGAUUUGCCCUCACCAUUUUUUGAUGCUGAAAGACUAGUUGACUUUUGCAUCCGAUCAGAGGAAAUUCAACGGGCUCGUAUCUUGGCGAUUGACGGAGUAGUAGAACUGGCAGAUCUAUUGAGGGGUCCUAAAGUCUCUUUACAGCCUGUGGCAAUCGGAUUAAUGAUAGAACUUUCGCAAGUCAAUCCUACUAGUCUUCAGGCUAUCCAUAGAUUUGAGAUCGCCAAAAAGUGCCAAUUUGGGAACUGGCCAAGCAAUGUGAUCUCUACGAGCCAGGCCUUCGUCGCAUCACACACUCUUUUAAGAACCGCGUCGAGGUUUUGUAACUUAUUCAGCAGCUUCCCGCAAGUUGGCGGAAGAUCAAAUUUCCAUGAUGCUUUAGGUUUGGUAUUCGAUGAAUUCGUUCCAUCUUAUGGACGGACGGUCGAUGCUUUGAAACAAUUCAAAGGUCAAGAGCCAAGCCAAGCUGUGGUUCUGUGGUCCUCUAUUCCUUCAUUCAUGAUCGAGGAUCUAGGAUUUGCGCUUGUACAAAAUACCACGCAACUUUUCUUCGAGUACAUGGGGGACCAUCCUACAAGAGCUAAGCAAUUUGCUGGGGCCAUGAAAGCCUUUAAUGCCAUCGAUUCGGGACAUUCUCCUGUUUUUCUUGCUCAGGGUUAUUCAUGGGAUUCUAUCAACGGCACCGUCGUUGACGUUGGUGGCUCCAAAGGCCACAUUAGUAUCUUACUCUCAAAGAGUUUCCCUAUGCUGCAUUUCAUCGUACAAGAUCUUCCUAAGUUUAUUGGAGGUGCAAAAUCGAAGCUUGACGCUAGUAUUGCGGAUCGUGUGAAAUUUCAAGGGCGUGUCUUUUUCACUUCGCAAACCGUGGCGGCCGAUGCAUAUCUCUUCCGCUGGAUCUUCCACAACUGGCCUGAUAAGUAUGUUGUCGCUAUCCUGCGCACUCUUGUUCCGGUGAUGAAAAUUGGCGCUCGGAUCAUUGUGAAUGAGCUUUUGAAUCCGCCUCGAAUUCUCUUUCGCUUUCUAGUGAACGUUCAAUUCGAGCGAGAAGCGGAAGAGUGGCAAGAUCUUUUCCUGGAAGCGGAUCCACGUUUCGGGGUCUUGAAGAUUUGGACAGCGAUCGGAGCAUCCCUUGCUAUUAUCGAGGCUGUUUGGCAAGAAUAA